GUUUAGUUCAAAAUUCCAGUUACUGUCUAAAUUAUGAGUUCAAUGUGGUAAUUCGUCUUUGAAAUAGUAAAACAGAAAUUUAUUGAACACCAGCCUUUGGUCGCAAAAAAAUGGAUGAAGACCUAAUCCUACGCGAAAUAGUUAAAAGUCUCACGUUUGAAAUAGAGGCUGUAAACCAAGACAAUGUCUUAACUUGGGCUACUACCAAUGGCACACCGCUCAACGUUAAAGUGAGGGUGAGGAACAAGGAUGAGCCAAGGCUGAUCCAGAAAGGUGUGAUACCUGUUCCAAGGAUUGGAAUUACCGCUCCCGAAAAACUCAGACUCAUUUCCAGCGACCAGACCAUUCUCUCGUUUAAUGUUUAUUUGGAUAGUGAAUCGGAAAAAGAGCCAAAACGUCACAAUGGUUUGAAGCUGUUUAAUAUUGCAAGCUGCCUAGGAACAUAUAGCGAUGAUGAAGGGCCUUAUUUACCAAGUAGUUCAGAGCAAAAUGCGGUGGAAAGUGGCCGUUGCAGCAAAUCCUCCAGCGGCAUCCUUAAAAAGAAGGUGUCUCCUGUUCUGAGUACUACAAACACGAUUCCUCGUACUGAAAAAAGAUUUUUCGGCAAAUGUAAACCAGGAGGAUGCCUUGACCCACCCUUUGAUGAAGACAAUUAUGCUUAUACCCUAUCAAAACCAAAUCGCCAAGAAAAUAUACGGAUUCAAUCUAAAGAACGUGAAGAUAACAAAAAUACUUGUGUACCAGGAGGAUGCCUCGACCCACCUUUUGCUGAAGAUAAAUACCCCUACACGGUUUCAAAUACGCUUCAACCAGAAAAUCUGGAAUCGAUAUCGCACCCCAUUAAAGAUGAAAAACAAAUACCUAGUAACAAAACUUCACAAGAACAUAAUAAAUCUUUAGAUAAGAAAACGAUGAAGGAAGAAGAUGAUUCGAAAAAACUGACGGAUAUUUUUGCUACGUCUCAGAGACAAAACUCACCGGAGCAGAAAUAUUCAAAUUCUCUUAUAACAUAUCCCACUGAUGUAUCUUCUAAUGAAACACUCGAUCAAAUUCCGAAUAAAAAAAUAUCAAUCAGAAGCAAUGAAGUCGAAUCACAAAGACAAAGUUAUGAUUAUCCAGUAUCAUAUUUUGUUCCUCCAAAAGAUAUUAAAAGACAUAAAGAGGAAGAACGUAGAUAUAGCAGGAGGCUAUCGUCAGACUCAAUAGAUAGAACCAGUAAAAGUACAGACCACGAUAUAGUAAACAAAACAAAAAAUUCUCAAGAUUAUAUUCCGCAAUAUAUAACGGCUCCAAAAAAUAUGAAAAAAGAGGACAUGCAAUCAAAUUAUGCUGAUAACGUUACGUUACAAAAUGACUAUAGUAAACAAAGUGACACUGUAAGACAUGAAGAUGAACAUUCCAUUGUGGACAUACCAUCACGUGUUAUCACUAAUUCUAAAGUUGGCAGCUAUCAAACUUCUCUUAAUGAAAUACCUGCAUCAAAGUAUCUACGAUCCCCUGAGAGUAAUAUUAAUAGAAAUGAACCCGAUGAUUUUGAAUCAAAAGAAAAAAUAUUAUCUACUAGGCACAAUCAGAAUUUAAAUGAUUUAAUAACAUCCCAAAACCCUGAAGACAAGACCCUGAAGACUAACGUGGAUAAAAAGCCAGACAAGUCUUUGGCGGAAAGAGUCGAGAUAAGGAGUGAAGAUCGGCCAAAAGACAUGUUUCCUCAGUCAAAAAAUACAGGUUCCCAAAACGCAAAUAGUUUAAAAGCAAGAACAGAUAAACAAGACAUAACUUUGACAAAACCAUCAAAAAGUCAUUUAAAAGAUAUCUCGGUUGUCCAAGCGACAAUACCUGUUUUAGCUACAGCUACUUUGGCUUUAUCUGAAGAGCAACCAUCACACUUAGACAACAAACAAGACAUGGAAUUAGGUAGUUCAGUGACAGAAAAUCACGACAUGUUUAAAAAAUCAGCUGAUCAAAAGAAUGUGAGUCAUGUCAAUGAAACUAAAUAUUUAUCACCACAAAGUAUUUCAAGUAGUGAAAAUAAUGAAUUUGAUGUAUCCUCCGAACACAGUAUAGAUUUUAAACAAGAUAUUUCUAACAAUGUAGAAGUUCGUAACCAAGAAAACACAUUAGGUCACAAAGAAAAAGAAGCGCUAUCUAGAGAAAGUUUGAACUUAACAAAUAUAAAUAAUUCAAUAGUUGGUAAAAACAUUCUAAGAGAUGAUCAUAUUAAGCCAGUCCCAGAGUCCGAAAUAAAAAGAACUAGCGCAAUUCUACAGAAAAAAGUUUUUACGGCGAAACAUGAUUUGGAUAUAGAAUACAAUGAUAUUAAUAAAGUAGCUCCACCUAAACGUAAUACAUUUACGGUUAUUGCCUCUGAUACAUCUAUACAAAAAAGCGACGAGGUGGAACAAAUACCAGAAAACAUAACAAAUGUUUAUAUUAAAUCGCCUGAUGUGCCUACAUUGAGCACUCCUAAUUUAACUACAAAUAAUACUACCGUGACAGAAACAAAAACUAAAAAAGAAGGUGAGAUACGUUCAUCCCCAAGAGCUACACUACCGGGAAAUAUAACAGAAUCACAUUCAAUAGUCAAUAAUGAAAUAAAAGCAACAAGGACAGAUUCGCGCACGAAAGAAUCGAAAAGUACAUUUUGUACUGAUGUUGAUGGUUCAUCUCAUACCUCAGAAAAUUUAACAAAUAUGAACCAAAUUAUUACUCAUACUAAACCCAACAUGACAUCUAAUGACAACGGAAUAACGGCAGAGCGAUUGCGUAAUCAAUUACCCAUGAAUAUUAGAGAUAAAAAUUCAAGAGUUGGUAAAUCUGAGCAAAACCCACUCAAAAUAGAAACUUUGGAAACAAAAUACCAAGGAAAUGAAGACAGAAAUACAAAUUAUAAGGAAAUUGACAUAUUAAAUUAUCCAGAGGAUAUACAGGACAUGCAUUUCAACAAUGAUAAACCCAAAACUUUAGAAAUUGAGACUACAUAUAUGGAAAAACCCAGCAAGUCUGUGAAAGAUUCAUUGCACAAAGCUUUACCUGAAGAUAUAUCAGAUUUGCAUCCAAAAGUUUCUGUCAGUGAUAAAUCAGCGGUGAAUUAUAAAACAGAAAAUGUAGAUUUAGCACGAAGUCAAUCAGAAAAAUUAAAAACAGAAUUAGAACAAACAAAUGCUGACUCUACUAUAUCUGUACUAAAAAAGAAUACAGAUAAUAUAAGUUCAAACAAGAUGACCGAUAGCAAACUUUCUGAUGACCUACCAACUAAUUAUUUUGCAGAAGAUGCAACUUCUUUGCAUCAUGAAACGAUUCUAGGUAAUAAGUCUGCAUCAUUUACUAUUUACGACGAGCAGCCAGAACUAGCAGGUAUAAAUGACGUAGAAAUAAAGAAUGGCAAUAAACUUACUUAUGACGAAUAUACGCCUCAAAAACCCUUGACAAAUAAUUUACACUCUGAGAAUGGUAAAUAUAUUUCUAAUGACCCUGCAAGCCAUAUGAUAGAAGUUACUGACAUACGUGAUAAGUCGAAUGCAGUAGAAUGGGCUGCGGUUAUACCUGAACUUGCUCAAGAUUUAAAUUAUAAGAAUGAACAGAAGUAUUUCGAUCAUACAGAGUUGGAAAAGGUAAAACAGCAAGAGUUAGCUACGGAUUUAGUACCAAAUACAAUAAUGGAAAAUGUAGAUAAUAUGCAAGCACUUACUACAGGUGACGAUAGCUAUAGUGAUUUUGAUCAAAUAUAUCAUGAAAAUAAACCUUUCGAUACUCAUAACUAUGACUAUGAAAUACAAAAAAAAACGCAAAAAGUAUCACAAUUGCCAAAUUUAAAUAAUGAACUUUUUGAUACUCAUGACAUAGAAUACAACAUUUACGGAUUAAUAGGAAAACCAGAAAUCGUAAAACGAAACAGUUUACCCUCUGGUGGAUAUUCGGGACUAUUAAGCGAAGUUUUAAGUAAUAUUUCAGAAGAUAGAGAAGGAGAAGAGAUUAAUGCCAUAAGAAAUAUUUCUUUAACUGAUAAUAUUGGAAAACAUGAGGACGAUGCACAGUUAGAGCCUGACGCUUAUCAUCAUUACGAAAAGUUUGAAAAUAAAUUUUCAAGUAUUUCUAAAGAACACGAUUCUAAAAGAGAAUCAGGAAAAGCUUUAGGGGUAGUUUGA